AUGCUGGCAAUUGGAAGUCCCACCUUCACCAGUGUGCGCACAAGCACCACAUGUAACGCUUUACUCAGAGAGCUUCAGCAAAUAUGGAAUGAAAUUGGGGAGAGUGAGGCUGAAAGAGAUCGCAUGCUGGUAGACUUGGAAAGAGAGUGCUUAGAAGUUUAUCGGAGGAAGGUGGAGGAUGCUUCGAAUUCCAAAGCACGACUUCAUCACUCUGUGGCAGCAAAGGAAGCAGAGCUUGCAACUCUCAUGGCUGCCCUUGGGGAGCUUAACAUUCGUUCAACGGUCCAGAAAGACAAGAAGGCGAUGUCGUUAAAGGAGAAACUUGCAUCCGUUUCACCAUUGGUGGAAGAUUUGAGGAAGAAGAAAGAAGAGCGGAUGAAGCAAUUUGACGAUAUAAGAGCACAGAUUGAAAAGAUUGGUGGGGAGAUAUCUGGUUAUUCCAGUCUCAAUGACUCUCUUAUGAGUAAUAAAUCUCUUGAUGAGCAUGACUUGUCACUAAGAAGGCUAAACGAAUAUCAGACACAUCUCCGCUCCCUUCAAAAGGAGAAGUCGGACCGCCUCAAUAAGGUCUUUGAGUGCGUGAAUGAGGUACAUUCUCUGUGCAGCGUGCUCGGUUUAGAUUUUGACAGGACUGUGAGUGAGGUCCAUCCAAGUUUGCAUGGAGUCAACCAAGAACAGUCAACCAAUAUAAGCAAUACCACGCUCGAGGGUCUAGAGCAGACCAUUCUUAAAUUGAAAUCUGAAAGGAAAGCUCGGAUAAGGAAGCUGAAAGAUAUUGGAGCUUCACUAUGUGAACUUUGGAAUUUGAUGGACUCAUCAAAGUCAGACAAGAAUGAAUUUUCAAGAAUUACUUCAAUUCUUGUGUCAUCGGAGUCUGAAAUAGUAGAACCAGGGUUCCUUUCAAUGGAGACAAUUAACAAGGCAUCUACAGAAGUGGAAAGGCUUACUAAACUGAAAGCUAGCAGAAUGAAAGAGCUUGUUAUGAAGAAAAGAGUAGAAUUGGAAGAAAUAUGCAAAAUGACUCAUAUUGAACCUGACACAAGUACUUCAGCUGAGAAAUCCACUGCGCUGAUAGAUUCUGGUUUAGUCGAUCCUGGCGAACUCUUGGCAAGCAUUGAUGCCCAGAUAACCAAAGCAAAGGAGCAAACUAUGAGCAGGAAAGAAAUAAUGGAUAGGCUAGACAGAUGGCUCUCAGCAUGUGAAGAGGAAAACUGGCUUGAAGAUUAUGAGCUGGAUCACAACAGAUAUUCAGCUGGCAGAGGUGCUCACAUUAACCUAAAGCGUGCAGAGAAAGCUCGAAUCACUGUGAACAAAAUUCCAGUGAUGGUUGACAACCUGAUUAAUAAAACCUUGGCCUGGGAAGAUGAAAGGCAAAUGCUGUUCCUUUACGAUGGGGUAAGAUUGGUGUCGAUACUAGAGGAUUACAAAAUGACGAGACAACAUCGAGAAGAGGAGAAACGGAGAUUCCGGGACCAAAAGAAGCUCCAAGAUUUGCUGCUGACAGAGAAGGAACUGAUGUACGGGUCGAAACCAAGCCCACGAAAGACAAACAGCUUCAGGAAGCCAAAUGGUUACCGUGGGAAUGGGUCGAUGACUCCAACAUCACGACGUAACUCUGUGUGUGGAACACCUGAACCCCUCACUCCACGAUCUUAUUCUGGACGGAGUAACGGGUAUUUCAAGGAAAUGAGGAGGCUAUCUACUACCCCAUUGAACUUUGUAUCCAUAACAAAGGAAGAUACCAUAUCGUUUGCUUCUGUUUCUGGCUCUGAGCCAGAGUCCCUCCUCUGA